GCUCGGCUGCUGUAGGGCUGUAGCUCGGCGGCUCGGCGCUCGGCUUCACUGACAGCACUGACAGGGCUUGCUGUACUGACUUCUCGAUUCGAGAGAAAUGGUGAUCGAAUUAAGUGUCCCCGUGUCAAUCCUGGACUAUUGUUGGUUUUUAUAAUCGCCGUUUUCGAGUGUGUGGUGUUUGUGAUUGGUGCCAGUGAGAGAGUGCCGGAACCUUCGCCCGAGGAAUGGACCAGCGAAAAAGUGGCGGCGACAUGGGAAAGAUUUCCAAGGUGAGUGCCGCCUCCAGCAGCGAGUGCCGGGCACACGGGCGGCCCGUAGACGACGGCCGGGAAAGUGGCUCCGAGGGAAUCCUGGACACUCAGCGGGCCUCUUCUUCCGCUCCUCUGGGAGACAGCGGGAUGCCGGCGGCAGACUGCUCGUCGUCCAGCUCCAGCCCCGCCCACACCUGCUGCGGCGGUGGUUCCGGGCGCUGGCAGCGGAGGCGGGGCGGGGUGCGUCGCCGCUGGUACCUGUGCGUGGCGGCGCUAUGCUGGCUGUGCUACUCGAACGCCAUGAGCUGCGGCUUCGUGUUCGACGACGCCUCGGCCGUGCGGGACAACCGGGACCUGAGGCCCGGCACGCCGCUCGGCCAGCUCUUCGCCAACGACUUCUGGGGAACGCCCAUUCACAAGGAGCACAGCCACAAGUCGUACCGGCCGCUGUGCGUGCUCACUUUCCGCCUCAACUACUGGAUCCACGAGCUGAGGCCCAUGGGCUACCACCUGGGAAACGUGCUGCUCCACUGCGCCGUCUGUCUGCUCUUCCUCAGGGUGUCCUCGAUGUUCCUGAGUGAGGCGGCAAGCGUGGCGGCCGCCCUCUUGUUUGCUGCCCACCCCGUCCACACCGAAGCGGUGACCGGCGUCGUGGGCAGAGCCGAGUCCCUGUCGUCCGUCUUCUUCCUGCUCUCCUUCCUGGCGUACAGCCGCUGCACCGAUCGCUGGAGGAGGACCGAGUGGCGUCCUCUGGCGGCCUGUGUCGCCCUGAUGGUGCUGGCCACGCUGUCCAAGGAACAAGGCAUCACCGUUGUGGCCGUCUGCGUUGUGUACGAGUUCUUGGUCGUCCAGGCGCUGCGCCCUUGGCAUGUAUCCCGUGGCGUCCGGCUGCUUGCGGCCGGGGGCGGCUGCGGGAGCGGCUGGCUCAGGGACGCGCUCCAGCGGACGGCCGUCCUGCUCCUCGGUGCACUCUGCCUUCUCGCCGCCCGGGUCCACGUCAUGGGGGCGCAGCUGCCCGUCUUCACCAAGUUCGACAACCCCGCGGCGGUGGCCCCGAGCCCUGCCCGUCAGCUGACCUUCAGCUACCUGCUGCCCCUGAACUCGUGGCUGCUGCUGUGCCCCUGGGGCCUGUGCUGUGACUGGACCAUGGGCAGCGUGCCGCUGGUCGAGUCCUUCAUGGACCCCCGCAAUGCGGCCACACUCGCUCUCCUCGUGGCUCUGGUGGCGCUCACCUGGACAGCCCUGUUUUCGGCCUCUGCCCGUCAUUCCGACGUCAUAUUUUUCAGCCUGUCGCUGGUGGCCUUCCCGUUCCUGCCGGCCUCAAACCUGUUCUUCCACGUGGGCUUUGUGGUGGCCGAGCGCAUCCUCUACCUGCCCAGCAUGGGCGUCUGCCUGCUCGUGGCGCACGGCUGGGACGCCCUGCUGCGGAACGCCCACGGGGUCGCCCCACGCUCUUCCGGCCAACAUUUCAAGCGGUUCCUGUGGAUAGGGUUGCUGCUCGUGAUCACAACUCACUCCAUCAAGACAUUCAUAAGGAAUUACGACUGGGAGUCUGAGUACAGCAUCUUCAUGGCGGGGCUCCGGGUGAACCGCCAGAACGCCAAGCUGUACAACAAUGUGGGCCAUGCACUUGAGGGGCAGGGAAAGUUUGCCCAGGCCCUCGAGUACUUCCUCAAGGCUGCCAGUGUGCAGCCAGAUGACAUUGGAGCUCAUAUCAACGUCGGUCGCACCUACAACAACCUCCUCAUGUAUGAGGAAGCAGAGAAAGCAUUCUGGAAGGCCAAGGACCUGCUGCCCCAGCCCAGGCCCGGAGAGCCGUACAAGGCACGCAUUGCCCCCAACCACCUCAACGUCUUCCUCAACCUCGCCAACCUCAUCUCCCGCAACGGGUCGCGUCUCGAGGAAGCCGACGGGUUGUAUCGCCAAGCCAUCAGCAUGCGCGUGGACUACAUCCAAGCGUACAUCAACCGAGGGGACAUUCUUAUCAAGCUCAACAGGACCAAGGAGGCGCAGGAAGUGUACCAGCGGGCACUGCAGCUGGAUGCCACCAACGCCGACAUCCACUACAACCUGGGCGUCGUGUUCUUGGAACAAGGCAAGCCGGACGAUGCCCUGACUUACUUCAAUAAGGCGCUGGAGCUGGACCCGGGUCACGAGCAAGCCCUAAUGAAUUCGGCCAUUGUGAUACAGGAAAGUGGCAGUCCCAAGCUUCGUCAGGUGGCAUUUCAGAGGCUGGAGCGUCUGCUGGAGCGGGGCAAGGCCAACGAGCGUGUCUACUUCAACCUGGGCAUGCUCUCGAUGGACGAAAGCAAGCCCCAGGACGCCGAGCGAUGGUUCCAGGAUGCCAUCCGGGUGAAAGCCGACUUCCGCAGUGCCCUGUUCAACUUGGCUCUCCUCCUGAGCGACUCUGGCAGGCACCUGGAAGCCGUGCCUCACUUGCUACAGCUACUUGAGUCGCAUCCCGACCAUGUCAAGGGCCUCAUUCUUCUGGGUGACAUUUACAUAAACCACAUGAAAGACGUGGACAAGGCAGAGGAGUGCUACCAGCGCAUCCUGUCCGUGGAGCCCUCGCACGUGCAGGCAAUGCACAACCUGUGCGUGGUGCACGUGCAGCGGGGCUUCCUGCUCCGGGCAGAGGCCUGCCUGCAGAAGGUGCUGCGGGUGGCCCCCCACGAGCGCUACAUCGCCGCCCACCUUGACGUCGUCAGGGACCGCAUACGCAGGUACCAGCAACACAUGAAAGAGAGCGGCGCCAAGAGCAACUCCGGCCCUGCUGCGUCCUCCGGAUCCACGGGGUCGCAGCCAGCCAUCAGCAAGGACAUGUGACCGGAAGGUGUUGCGGCACGUCGGGCCGAAGCACUCCCCUGGGCAGUUUCUGGCCCCUAGGUCUCGUGCCAAGCGUAGACCCACUCGAAAGUCCUAUGCAAGUUCACAACUACUCCCGGUAAUGAUGCUGGGGAAGUUGCAGCACACCUAGACGAGCAGCCUGGAUGCCGUCUUGCGCCCGCCGUCACGUGGUAGGCCGUUACAUGUCUCGACUACGGUGCCUGGAAUGCGUCUCCAACUGCUCUCUUUAUCACAUUUUAAAAAGCGGUUCCUCAAUUUCGGCCACGUCAUAGAAGCAUCAAGGUGUCCCCCCCCCCCCCCCCCCCCCC